AACCUGAACUUCUGAAUUAGCUCCGUAACUGAGCAAUUAAGUGCCGCAUCGCGUUCGUCUGUAAAUAUUUUCUGUGGAGCAGCCUUGCGCAGCAAACGAAUGCCUUAGCUCGGAAAGGAAAUGCACACAAGUGGCCGAGCUGGAGCUGCGCGGAGCCCGCACGCAUUCUGCACCGCGGGUCGGUGGUGGAGAUUCGUGUUUUCAGACUGGUAACAGCGGAUAGCGGUCGUGCUGGGCGCGGUACGGGAUUCAUAUGGAUCAUUGAGACGCAGCUCAUAGAUAAUGGAAUACACAAAACUGUAUUUGCGCAUUUGAAACUGUCUGUAAGUACAUGACCAGUUCACUGUUGAAAAUACACCGAUAUGAAGUGGAUUUAUCCUCUCUAAGACGCUGUGGAUGUAUUCAAAAAGAAAAGAGAUUCGUUUCUAUUACGACAAAUGAGCAUAUCAUCCCUUCAACUCGGAUCAACGACGCAUUUAUGGAAAUUGGGUCUCUCAGAUGGCAUGAAACUGCAAAGACGUGACUGGUAAUAAUUCAGAACAUUCCUUUCCCUGUCGAAAAAAAUCUAAACAAACAAACCUAAAAACAGCCACGUUUCAGCUCGUCGUGCUGGUUUAGGGUUUUUCUUUCUACGAAUAGCCUAACCUGUAACUCCAGUGACCACUAUUGCCCAGGGUGCGAAUUAUGGGGUGGGGAUGAGUAGAGGGGUAUAUGUUUACCCCAAAAUAAAGACUUGAACCCCUAAGGAAUUCAAAACAAAUCGUCUGAGGGUUCUUAAAAAUAUGCAUAGGCUAAGUGUAUAUUUCAAAAGACGUUUAAGGUAAAGUUAGCUAAAAUUGCGCUAAAAUAAAUGCUCGUAAAUAGAAAUCACGGUAUUCUGAAAAGAUAAGCAUAGCAACGUUUCGUUACUCGAGCGCUUUCUCGAUGUGGGAUUUUACAUCAAAAAAUCAUAAUAGUCUAAUGAUUCCUUUUUGUUGAAAAAGUCUUCGAGGUAUUUGAAGGAUAUAUUACUAUAGCGACGCCAAAGUCUGGGUUGCGCGAAACUGCGCCCCAAAAUAACUUGACAGAAUUCUGAAAGAAAAGUCGAGCCUUUGAAAGUCUCGCACAGUGAUAUUGCCACAUGCAUUUUCAUUCCGACUUAUCUUUUUCUUAAAAGUAAAUGCAGUAGCCUACUAACAAAACGUCUCUGACCCAGAAGGACCUGAUGAGAUUCAACGCAACGCUUCAUCAUUUCAGUGAUCCAGCUGCGUGGGUUGAACACUGAUGCUCCGGAUCUCUGAUGCUGAUGCUGGUUCAUCGCCCUUGCGCUGUUGCUGCAUUCUAGGAUGUUGCGACAAGUGUUGCACGAAGGGCUCAGGACGUCAUUCCAUAAACUGGGCCACUUUGUCGCCAAUCAUCCAGUGUUUUUCGCCUCCGCACCCGUGCUGAUCUCCAUCCUGCUGGGCGCGAGCUUCAGCAGAUACCGCAUAGAGGAAAACGUGGAGUACCUGUUAGCUCCCAAACACAGCCUGGCGAAGAUCGAGGGGAACUUGGUGGACAGUUUGUUCCCCGUGAACCGAUCCAAACACACCCUCUACUCAGACUUGCAAACACCCGGGAGAUAUGGUCGGGUCAUCGUGACUUCGCGCAGGGGGAGCGUGUUGGACCCUCACCACGUCAACUCAGUCCUAAAGCUACACAACACAAUUACUCAGAUCCAGGUUCCUAUGCUGGGAUUCAACUACACCUUUGCCCACCUCUGCCUGUUGGAUGACAGCAAGAGCUGCAUCGUGGAUGACAUCCUGCGAGUUCUGGAGGAGAUGAGGUCAGCGCGGGCAUCCAACCAUUCAGUACCCACUCUGCAUUAUCCCAUCACCAAACUCAAAGAUGGGCGGGAGGCCUACAUUGGGCACCAGCUGGGCGGAGUCCUGUCAGGUGGAGGGAGAGACGGGGUGCGUACUGCUCGAGCCCUUCAACUCACGUACUACCUGCAAGCGGCCAGCCCACUGAACGAAGUGGUAGCGGCCAGCUGGGAGCUGCUGUUCUGCAAGGAGUUGGAGAACUUUGGAAAGGCUCAUCUAGAGCUUAGCCUAUACCCCUUCACUUCCUCUUCUCUUCAGAGGGACUUCCAAAUGACCAGUCGGGUAUCAGAACGGCCGCUGCUCUUUAGCCUGGCUCUGUGUCUCUCGCUGGCCAUGCUGUGCUGCUCAAUGCGAGACUGUGUGCGUACAAAGCCAUGGCUGGGUCUUCUGGCUCUGGUGACCGUCAGCCUGGCUACACUCACUUCUGCAGGCAUUUUCAAUCUCACAGGAGGGAAAUACAAUUCAACAUACCUGGGUAUCCCUUUUGUCAUGUUAGGUCAUGGCUUGUUUGGGACAUUUGAGAUGCUGUCGUCUUGGCGACGUACCCGCGAGGACCAGCAUGUGAAGGAGCGUGUUGCUGCUGUUUUCUCUGACUGUAUGCUGCCCUUCACAGCUAGCACGGCUUUGCAUGUGGUCACCUUCGGCAUCGGGGCCAGUCCAUUCACAAACAUUGAGGCUGUGCGUCUCUUUUGUCGAAAUGCUUGUAUCUCAGUCCUCUUCAACUACCUCUACAUCCUCACCUUCUAUGGCUCCAACUUAGUGUUUGCCGGCUACCUGGAAAACAACUACCGUCACAGUCUAUUCUGCAGGCGUGUACCAAAGCCUGAGUUGCUGCAGCAGAAGCCAGCGUGGUAUCGCUUUCUCAUGUACACACAUUACAAUGAGGAGGCCACAGAAGCAGGACCACUGCGUGCUUAUGAAAGUCACCUGCUGGUAGCCUUUAUGAAGCGGUACUACUGUGACUGGAUCACCAACACCUAUGUCAAACCAUUUGUGGUUCUCUUCUACUUAAUUUAUGUUUCCUUUGCCCUCAUGGGCUACCUUCAGGUCAGUGAAGGGUCAGAUCUUAGUAAUGUGGUUGCCACAGAAACAAGCACUAUAGCAUACACCCAUGCACAGCAACGGUAUUUCAGCAGUUACAGCCCUGUGAUUGGCUUCUACAUUUAUGAGUCCAUUGAGUACUGGAACACGAGCGUGCAAGAUGACUUACUGGAAUACACUAAAGGUUUUGAACGUAUCUCCUGGUUUGAGAGUUACCUCAACUACCUUCAUGGACUGAACAUCACCACUAGCCUGUCACGCAGCAACUUCACAGAACAUUUGCGGUCUGGCUUUUUGCGCCAACCCCGAUUUGUGCAUUUCUCGGACGAUAUCAUUUUUGCCAAACGUGCGGAUGGGGAAUUUGAUGUGGUAGCCUCACGUAUGUUUCUAGUGGCCAAGACAACAGAAAACAAACGAGAGGAGAUGUCUAUCCUGCUGGACACACUAAGGAAGUUGUCGCUGACCUCCAGGGUGAAAUUCAUAAUUUUUAAUCCAUCCUUUGUGUAUAUGGACCGUUAUGCUUCAUCUGUUGGAGCACCCCUGAAGAACUCUUGUAUUGCAGCUCUGUUUCUGCUCUUCUUUUCCACCUUCUUGGCAGCCGACCCACUGGUGAAUGCCUGGUUGACUGUGACAGUAGCCUCUGUUGAGUUUGGGCUGGUGGGUUUCAUGACCCUGUGGCGUGUAGAGUUGGAUUGCGUCUCAGUGCUGUGUCUGAUCUAUGGGGUGAACUAUGCUGUAGACUCCAGUGCUCCACUGGUAUCUGCAUUUGCUCUAGGCCGGGAAUCCACGCGUACACGCUGGGUGAAACUAGCUCUGGAACGACAUGGAGUUCCUGCCCUUCAGAGUUACUUGUGUUAUGGGGCUGCUCUGCUCCCUCUCGCAGCCGUGCCCUCAAACCUCACCCGCACACUGUUCAGGUGCUUCUUUCUCACCACCAUCAUCACCGCCUUCCACUGUUUGGCCAUUGUCCCUGUCCUGCUCACCUUCUUGCCUCCCUCCAAGAAAAAAUGUCAGGAGAGAAAGAAUGCUGCAGAAAACCUGGAGGAAAUUGAGUGUGUGGAAAUGGUGAACAGCACACGUGUGGUUGAUCAGAUUACCACUGUCUGACCACAUGCCCGAAAGAGAGGUAGACUGGAGGAUGUACAAGAGAGAAAAAACAACACCCACAGGGGGUGGCAGAAGGAGACCUGAGAUAUGAGAGUCAGCCUUUGUGCAGCUAGGCUUCCAGUUCUCAUACUUAAAAGCCUCUAGAUGGAUGAGAAUGGGCUUUAGAAUGAGCCCAUAUUUUAAACAAGGCUUCUGUUUGAUGGUAAUAGCAGAUGAGUUUGACAUUGAGCCAUUAACAGAGGGUGUAUUGUUGUCAUGGUAAAAGUCCUAUGCAGGUUUUCCUGCAGCUCAAUGAGAGCGAAGAAGGACAGAUGAACCACACUGCUGCACAGUUGCAGAUAAUCACAGAGGGGGGCUUCUCUGGUCUGCAGUAUUACAGCAGCUGUAGAGCUGAAACAGUAACAAGCAAUUGCUUUGACAAGGCAUAGAUAGAGACUUACAAUGUUUCUGAUGCCCCAAGAACAAUACCAAGACUUUCAUGGGGCACUAAGCUAAAGACCAAGCAGCCAUAUUCACAUCUGCUUUCACAGCCAUGACUUUAAUGUGCCCAAUGUCAUUUCUUCUCAGAGGUUAGAUGUUUCUGUCAGGACAAUAUAUUUGUCUUUUGGUAUAUGGUGGUAUUAAAAACAUCCAAAAUAUUUUCACUGAUCAUGGUGAAAGUCACCUCUCCCACCAUUACCAAUGUCUCAGAGGCAUUUAAGGCUCAUCUUCCAUAUAGGAAAUACAGGAGGGAAGGGGGUGGGGAUGUAUCUGAGCGAUACAUAGAAGCAAGACUCUGCUGACAGGUUGGUAUGCUGUGCGAUGCUUCCAUGGUAACUCUGAUCACAGUUUAGUUGCAUAGUGUAUGUUUAAUUUCCUUCCCUCUCAAUUCAAUAAGGUUACCAAUUAAGUCACACUGCAAUUGAAAGUAUCAUCUAUGAAGGAUUUUGCCCUGCUGCUUCUUGCUUAUUUUGUUUGCCUCUGAAAUGUUGAAAAUCACCUUGUCACGGACAAUGCUCUUCAUCAAUAUGCAUAUGCCAGUGUCCCUUUGUUUUCACCCUCCUUUGCCCUCUGAGUAUAAGAGGCUUGAACAAAAAAUAGAUACAGAGAGACCUGGAGCAGAAAGAGUGCAUAAGAAAGGAAUAUCUGGCCAAUCAUAUCCACUUACUUUUCAAAUUACCCUCAGUCUCAAAACCAAUUGAUAUUAAAUCAAUCAUGAAGUAAAACAGCAUCCCCAUUAGAUCCAACUCUUACUGUAUUUGUGCAAGGAUUGGUGAUUUAAGGCAGCUGGGGUUGGGGUUGGGGGCAUAUCUUUUUUCAAGUAUCCCUUUCUCAAGCACACACGUGGACUGUGACAUUGACAUUCCUGAUGACUGUGAUAUAAUAGAAUGGUUAUGUUGCAGCUUGUGAAAUAUUGUUGAAUGCAUUGCUCCAGAUAAUCAUAUAAAGGACAAUAAAAGGGAAAAAGACAGUUAGACAUGUACAUGAUAGGACACAAAUGCACACACACUUAAUGUGGCAGCUGUAGAAUCUGCUUUUUUGACCAUUCCCCACCUGCUUGAUGGUCCUUACCUACUCCAGUCUCCUCCUAAGUAUCACUUCUGAAUCACUGCAUGGCCCACAAGCAUCAGGAUGAGAUUUAGAUAGGCUACACAUUUAAAUAUACAUAACUAUAUGGCUAAUUAAAUUUAUAUAUUUACAGUGCUAGAGCCUCUCACAGCUGAUUUUACUCAUCUUAAUGAAGUAGCCAGUACUCUACACAAUUUCAAACUAAUCUGAGGAUAGUGCUCUUUAAAGUUCUCACAACAAUUUAUUUAAAGUUUUCAAACAUCUCUAAAUGUUCUCAGACAAGCUACCCAACUGCAGCUUUUACUGAUCUAAGCUCUUGCUGAUCUCAGUGAAGCACUCAGACAGCUCUGUCUUAUUUCAGAACAGUGCUGUAAAUAGAGCUUUCACUGAUCUCAGAAUAGCACUGAAACACAUCAGAAACAUCCUUAUUGUUCAGUACUUUUCUUGACAGGUCCUAUACUGAAUAAAAUAAAAUAAUUAUCUGUACUUUUGUGCAUAUAUAAACAAUUAAAACUGCAUGAGAUAUUAAAGGGUUAGUUCACCCAAAAAUGACAAUUAGCUCAUAAAUUACUCACCCUCAAGUCAUCCUAGGUGUAUAUGACUUUGUCCUUUCAGACGAAUGCAGUCUGAGUUAUAUUAAAACGUUUUUUUGAUCUUUUAAGCUGUUUAAUGGCAGUCAGCGGGUUUUGUACUGCAUCAGUCCAAAAUGAUUUAAAUAAAAAGCACCCAUCCAUAAUAAAAAGUGUCUCACACAGCUCCAGGGGGUGAACAAAAGCCUCCUUUAGUGAAUCGAUGUGUUUUUGUAAGAAAAAUAUCCAUAUUCAAAAUGUAAUAAUUACAUUAAUGUAGCUUUCGCCAACAGUUGUACAAGGAAGCAGCUCCGGACAGAGGACAAAUGGGUCACAGCCUAUGAGAGAAUUUUUUUUUUUGCCCUGCGGUAAUUCCAAAUAAUGUUGCAUAAAAAUUCUAACACAGCAUUAGAAAGCAACAUUAACUUACAUUGUGUCUACACCAGGUGCAAGCGGUGUGGCGCAAUACAAUAUAACUUAUUAUAAUCAGUGACGCUGUCUACACUGGAUGCGGCGCAACAAAUUCCAGACAGAAAACUACUGAUUCGUUCUAUUUAUGAUAUGCUGACACAGAAAUCAAAUGAUUUGCAAUGCUUUGACACAUCCAUUGUAGAAACUAGGGAUGUGCAACAGUGAUCGAGUACUCGAGUACUCGACCGCGACAGCGAUGAUCGAUCACGUAAACGAUGAUCGAAAUUAUUAUUAUUAUUUUUUUUAUUGGUUAUGGCAGCACGUUGGGCGGCGCCCUGAUCUCUGAUUGGUUAGCUUCCCACUUGAUGCCUCAGAAGACGUAAGAAGACAUAAUAAUGGCCUCAAAGUCACAUAGUGAUGGCUGGCUUAAAAACAGUUCAGGGUAAGCUGUGCAGCGCCAAGCUUUCACACAAAUCUACAACAAAUACAAUGCGCUAUCAUCUAAAAUGUGUACAUAAAAUAUCUGGCGAUAACAGAGCGGCAACUCAGACGAGCAUUGAAUCACUUGCCGUAAGACCUAAAUGCAACGCAGGCAGAACCGAGAAGACGACAAAGCUAUUCGCUGAAAUGGUGGUGAAAGAUUUGCUGCCCAUUAGUUUCAGGGACAGAGAAGGUUUACUUUUCCAGUGGUGCCUGGCUGUUCCUGCAACAUCUGUUCCAGCGGAGCGAAUUUAUUCCACUAAAUGUGAACAGGCUGCGCACUCGGCUCUCAUCUGAGCACGUAGACCGCCUUAUCUUUUUGAAUAGACAUUUGAAUGUUUCACCGGUCGUGGGAAAUAUAAUAUCCUUUUUUUUUAAUAAUAUUAUUAUUUCAGUUUUGAGCUUUAGCCAUAGUUAAAAUAUCUAGGCUAUUUGGUCUCUUUUUGGGUGAACUUACUCUUUAAAGCUUUUUUUUCUCAGGAGGCCCUUGACCCCUUUGACAAAUAGUACUUUUCUUGUUUUAAGCGUAAAUGAAAAAAAUAUAGUUACAUUUGCCAAUAGAGUAAGAACAACGAUCAUGUUUUUUAGAUAACAUGCCUUAAUUAUGCCUUAAUAUUUAAUGCAAUUUGCUUAAGUACAUUUAACUUGUUUGGAUAUGAAAACAAGACAAAAAAAGACCAAAAAAUUAAUUAGGACUAAAAUACUCAUUAAGAAACUCAUUUUGAAAUGUAUUUACCAUUUACCAUCUAUCAAUCAAACAAUCUAUCUAUCUAUCUAUCUAAUUGGAAAGCUUUCAUUUUGUAAUGUAGCUUUAAAAGUAGUCCAGUUAUGUCUAUGUAAUUAACUGUACUUGAAAGUGUACCCUUUAAGAGAAAUAUAAUGGACCUAGAAUGAUCUUCAUGUUAUAAAUGAAGCUUAAAAGUUCAUGUUCAUUCCAAUCUCUUAUUUGUCCUCCUUGUCUGUCAAAAUUGCUGGAUUUGAACAUUCAUUUGCAAAGCUCUUCACAUACCCCUGCUUACAUACAGAUUCACUCAGGCUUACAUUCCUUCAUUUUGUUUAUACACCUCCACUAUUUUAUUGUCCAAAUAUGAUUGCUGUGAAGCAGUAUUGGCACAAGGCCCUUUGAAGAUGUCAAAGCCAGUGGGAAGAAUUUGGGGGGAGUAAAUACUAUACACCCACACUGGCUUGCACACACAUAAACGCACACAAAUUUAGCCUAGAGUUCAUGUUUUCUGCCUGACUGAUAUGGAGAUGAUUGUUGUUUUUUAUCUGUUUCUAUGAAUUUCAGGAGAGUAAAAAUAAAAGAGGGUGAAAUGAAAAAAGAA